AUGGAUAUAGCAAUCAGACUGCAUGAUGAUUAUGAGGAAGAUUAUGUUUUUGAGAUUCAAAAAGACUUUACAGUUAACAAUUAUUUAAGAAGAAUUUUUGAUAAAGAUGGUGAAUUAGCAAAUAUCUUACCACUUAGACCAUCUAUAUUUCAUGAAAAAACACCAACAAAAUUCUAUAAAUCUGUUCAUCCAGGUAUUUUAACACCUGGUGGGUCUAUUUUAUUCAACUUUGAUUCAACAAAAAAUGAAUUCUUAAAAGAAUUGGAUUCUAAUGUACCUUUAAUUCAGCAAUUAUGGCCAGGCCAGUUAAUUGUACCAAACUGGGAUGUUGCUUAUAAGAAUAUUAUCUACUAUACAAUAAUUUGCUUUUUAUGGCUAUAUACAGAUUUGCCAGAUUUCAUUUCACCUACUCCUGGGAAUUGCCUAACUAAUUAUAUUUCGUGGGCAUUAAUCCCAAUAAUGAAUUAUUUAAAUAAACCACAGCUAAGUGAAAAAUUAAGAAAAGAAAUCCAACCCAAUUUUAGCAGUCACAAUACCCAAAUUAUCUUCUUUGUGUUACAUAUUUUAAAGAUACUUUUCCUAACUCUUUUUCUAGGUCUCGGAAUGGCUAAUCCAGUAUCAUUUAAUUUAUUCAAGAUUAGAAAUGCAAAUAAACUUAAAGCCAGUAAAAAAUUUUUUAUUGAAAAGUUAUACAAAAAUUUGGGAUGGACUGGUUUGAAAAAAACUCCUUAUGAAUUGUAUAAGAAGGAAUACUAUGAGCAUAUCAUGAAAAAACAUGGAGGUAUGCUUGGUGCCCACAAGAUCGGAAAGUUAAAAAGAGCUGUUAAUUCUGGUAUUAUACUAAAUAGUGGAGAAGGGUAUAGUACGCCAAUCGAAAAUACCAUUAGUACUUUCAAAGCAAUGAAGGAAAAUCAGAAAUUCAUUCUUUCUGAGGUUUAUUUUCAUCAAUUGAAAAAAGAUUUAGAAUCAAAUUUAAAUAAAUGUGCAGGAGAUAUUGAUUCAAAAAAUGUUCUUAUCAAAAAUUAUAAAAGACAUGGAAAUUUUGAAGGAAGUAUAGAAAUCGAGAAUAUUAUCCAAUUAAGGGAACAGUUAGCUAGUAAAUUUUAUAUUUUUGAGCAAUUGGAAACUAAAAAACAAAAAUAA